AUGCCGGAAAUCACUACUCCGUCAAGAAAGAUCCUCCUGGUGGUUGCGGGCGGAGGCUAUACUCAUGCAGCACCUGUCCUGGAACUCGGAAAGAUCCUUGCCAAUCGAGGCCAUGUCAUCGAUUUUGCCACGCUCGACGGACAAGAGAAAUGGACAGACGGUUUUCCUAUAUCCCGCACGCAUCUCAUGGGCCCAGGCCCUACGGAAGAACAGCUCGACGCUCACUACAAGCGAAGUCGACUCUGGGACCCAGCCAAAGGACUGGCAGAUGUCAUGGACUCUAAAUACCUCUUCGAUUCCCUGUGGACGCAGACGUACCAUCGACUGAAGGAGAUCAUGGCCGAUCCCGCCACACGUCCGGAUAUGAUGGUCGCGGAUUUCUUUGUCGACGCGGUUAAGGAUAUCCAUUUCGAGUACAAGCUGCCCAUCGCGGUUGUCUGGCCGCAGAUGCCGUACCUGAUGGUUCCCUGCUCGUAUAUCCCCGGCCAGCCGGGCUUCCAGCUGGACAUGGCCCUGACGUCGGAGAAUGCGUCCAUAUGGUCGCGCAUCAACAACGAGCUGGUGGUGGUGCGUGCCUUGCCCGAGAUCCUCAAUCUCAUGAAAUGGACCAAGGCGAUGCGCAAACGCGCGGGUCUGAAUUACCUUCUUCCCACCMCGGCGAAACCAGACUACCUACUUCUGGUCAACUCGUUCUUUGGUCUGGAAGUCCCAAAGGACCUCCCGCCGCUGGUGGCUGCCGUCGGGCCCAUCCUCGCAGAUGAAUAUCCCCCGCUGGAUGACCUCCACCAGCGCUUCCUGGACCGGCACACGAAGACCAUCUACAUCGCGCUGGGAACACAUAUCAUCCUGCCGCAUGCAGAUGCUCGGAAAAUCAUCAUAGGACUCAUCCAGGCGAUGGAAGCAGGGCUCAUCGAUGGCGUGAUCUGKUCUGUAGGCAAGAGCGGACGGCAGCUCUUCGACACAGCGGAUCAGUUCACCAUUGCGGGCCAAACCGUCUGCUUUGGCGACCUCCUGGAUGGAAAACAUGCCGACUGGCUAUUCCCCUUUUUUGCGCCCCAGCGGUCGAUCCUGGAUCACCCCCACGCCCGAAUCUACUUCACGCAUGGCGGCGGAUCCAGCGCCAAUGAGGGCCUCUACCACGGCAAACCCAUGCUCGUCAUGCCCUUCUUCUUCGACCAGAUUGGCAACGCGGCUAAACUAGCUGGCGGCGGGUCAUCCGAGGUCCUGCACAAGUUCCGCUUCACAGCGGAGGAAGUCUACACUAAGAUGAAGCUAAUCCUGGAGGAUCGCGAGGGGAGCUACGCGCGCAAUGUCCUACGUCUCCAGCGGAUUGCUCGCGUGGCGUCCCGGCGGAAGCAGCUGGGCGCAGACCUCAUCGAGGAGGUUUUGUACGAUACGGAGCUGAGGGUGGUGGAUGGGAAGGAGACCCGGCCGAUGCAUCUCCAGACGGCGGACAUGCGGAUGCCUGUUUACAAGGCUAGGAACUGGGAUUUGAUGGCAGUUUCGAGCUUGGUGCUGGGCUUCCUGGGGGGAGGGACAUAUUAUGCGGCGCGAUUGGCCUGGGUGCAUCGUCAGGCUAUUAGGAAAUUUGUUGAUUCCGUGAUUCAAGGGUCGGUGGUCGGUGGCUAG